AUGGCUUGGAGAAACCAGGGCAUCACGGGCUCCAACAAUAUCCCUUUGGGCAAACGUCGCUUCGGCGGCGACCCUGAAGAGGAUGAGCUCGAACGAGAUUUCAAGCGCGGCCGUGACCCCGAACCGCGAGGCAUCGCCGAUGGUCCUCGCCAGCGGAAGAAACGCAAUCGCUGGGGAGAUGCCUCGGAGAACAAGGCGGCUGGCCUCAUGGGCCUGCCGACGGCCAUCAAGGCGAACAUGACGAGCGAGCAGCUCGAGGCGUACACGCUCCAUCUUCGCAUCGAGGAGAUCAGCCAAAAGCUGCGCAUCGACGACGUCGUCCCGGCCGAUGGUGACAGGUCGCCGUCGCCACCUCCCCAGUACGACAACCAUGGUCGACGUAUCAACACGCGCGAGUAUCGAUACCGCAAGCGACUCGAGGAUGAGCGUCACAAGCUCAUCGAGAAAGCCAUGAAGACGAUCCCCAACUACCACCCCCCGCAAGAUUACCGACGGCCGACGAAGACGCAGGAGAAGGUCUACGUGCCGGUGAAUGACUAUCCGGAGAUUAACUUCAUCGGUUUGCUCAUCGGCCCGCGUGGCAAUACCCUGAAGAAGAUGGAGGGAGACUCCGGCGCCAAGAUUGCCAUCCGUGGCAAAGGCUCCGUCAAGGAAGGCAAGGGUCGCUCCGAUUCGGCCCACUCGAGCAACCAGGAGGAAGAUCUCCACUGUCUCAUCAUGGCCGAUUCCGAAGACAAGAUCAACAAGGCGAAGCAGCUCAUCCAUAACGUGAUCGAAACGGCUGCUUCGAUUCCCGAAGGUCAAAACGAGCUCAAGCGUAACCAACUGCGAGAGCUCGCGGCCCUCAACGGAACGCUCCGAGACGACGAGAACCAAGCGUGCCAAAACUGCGGUAAGAUCGGUCAUCGCAAGUACGAUUGCCCCGAGCGGCAGAACUACACCGCCAGCAUCAUCUGCCGCGUCUGCGGAAACGCCGGGCACAUGGCUCGUGAUUGUCCCGACCGCCAGCGAGGCGCCAGCUGGCGCAACGAUCCUGGCCACGGCCGCCCCGGUGCCGGCAGAAUCGGAGGCGGCGACGCCGUUGACCGUGAGAUGGAGCAACUCAUGCAAGAGCUUGGCGGUCCAGCCGGUGCGCCUGCCCAGAUCGAAGCUGGUCCUGGCGGUCACGACCACGGUGACGCCAGACCAUGGCAGCGCGGCCCCACCGGCGGCCCUGCUCCGUGGCGCUCUCGCCAUGAUGACUCCAACGACAGACACAACGGGUCGUCGGGACAUUCCGGGGCUCCUUGGGCCCGCGACCGCGACCGCGACCGCGACCGGAACCGCGGUUACGACGACCAGUCCGACGGCUACCGUGGACAGGGAUACGGCUCCGGCUCCGGUGGCGGUUCCUCGGGCGCCGCGCCGCCUUGGCAGCAACACUCGUCGGGCGCCGGAUCCCACGGUGCUUACGGCGGCUACUCUGGAUACGGCAGCUACAGUGGCGCCCCCGGCAUGGGGUCCUCGGCGCCGGGCAUGGGCCCUCCUCCGGGUCCGCCUCCUGGCCCCCCUCCGAAUGGCAUGGCCGGCCCUCCCGGCAUGGGUGGCUCCCACGGCUUCCCUCCGCACUACCCGGGUGCCGCUCCGCCGCCGCCGCCUCCGUCUGGGGAUGCUCCUCCGCCCCCUCCUCCGGGCGGCCAGCCGCCGCCGCCUCCCCCGCCGGGUGCUUAG